AUAAGCUCUCAAAAGGCCUAUAAAUGAGGUUGUCUGCUUCCCCCAUACCCAAACACUCUUCUUCUUCAACUCUUAAACAUAACAGAGAGAGAGAGAACAAACAAACAAAAAUCCAAACUUUCUCAAAAUCUACUUCGUCUAAAGCAAACCCAUUUCUUGAAACUCGAUUUCGGACAAGCCCAUCUCAUUGUUUUCUCCAAAAAGACUUCCUUUCACAUUUUUCAUAAUCUGAUAAAACCAAAGUAUGAAGAGAGUCAGAGGUUUCAAAAUUGGACACAGAUUUGUCAAAAUCUUCAAAUGGAUGAUUCUACCAAGAAGAAUCCAAUCUGGUAAACGUCAAUGCCCGGCCCGAAUCACUAACCCGGUUUCUGGAAUCAAGUCAUUAGCACGGUGCUUAAGCCGUGGAGCUAAGAGAUUGUGUGGUGGUGGUGGUGGUAAGAAGAAUCCGGGUCAGAGUCAGAUCCGAUUGGGUAAGGAUCCGAAAACGUCGAACCGGGUUGUUCCGAGAGGACAUUUGGUGGUCCACGUCGGCGAAUCAGACGGUGACACGCGGCGUGUCGUGGUGCCGGUGAUUUACUUUAAUCAUCCGUUGUUCGGAGAGUUGUUGGAGCAAGCGGAACGGGUUCAUGGGUUUGAUCAACAGGGUCGGAUCACGAUUCCGUGUCGGGUUUCGGAUUUUGAGAAGGUUCAGAUGAGGAUCGCCGCAUGGGAUCAUUGCCGCCGGAAGAGAGUUUUUUAAGAGGCAAAGAAAAGAAUAUAUUAGAAAAUAGUGAAAAAGCAAAAAUUAUUAUGAAAAAAUAGAGAAAUUGUGGAUAUUAGUUUUUUUCUUAUGUUAUACAGAUAUACUGAUUCACAAUUUCAAAGAAUUAUUUUCAAUACAUAAUAGAAUAUAGAGAAGGUUUCUUCUAAAUUUUAUUUGAGAGGAUGACAUCUGGCGCUUUAUAUA